GCAUCUGCGCCUUUAAGAGCAUCUCUGACAGCAUCCUCCUCUGUCACGGACGCGCACACAGCAGCUCAAUAUUUGAGAAUACAGCUUAGCUUUCUGCACACACACAUACACACAUCUUCCUAGAUAGAUACAUCACACCAUCACAUCAUUACAUUCAUCACCAUUAUUUCUCCACUGAGACAUUGAUGAAUUUGUCUCAAAGGUCGCCGUAGCGGUCCAUCCGAUCGUUAUUGCUUCUGUUUCCUUUCCUACCCGCAUCCAAAGACUGAUCGACGCUUCAAGAUGGCUGAGUUGAAUUUGGGGAAGGGGUUGACUGCAGGGAAAGUGGCCAGCAACGUUCAGAAAAAGCUAACGAGAGCCCAAGAAAAGGUUCUUCAGAAGCUUGGCAAAGCAGAUGAGACCAAAGAUGUUGCUUUUGAGGAGGGAGUGAUCAACUUUAACAAACAAUAUACUGAAGGCAGCAAACUGCAAAGGGACCUUAGGGCAUACCUGGAGGCAGUGAAAGCCAUGCACGAGUCAUCCAAGAACGUGCAGGCGUGUUUGGCUGACAUGUAUGAACCAGACUGGUACGGCAAGAACGAGGUGGAUUCCAUUGUGGAGGACUGUGAUGUGCUGUGGGAUGACUACCACCAAAAGUUGGUUGAUCAUGCUCUCAUCUCCAUGGAUACAUACCUGGGCCAGUUUCCUGAUAUCAAGGCACGUAUAGCUAAAAGGGACAGGAAGCUGGUCGAUUAUGACAGCGCCAGGCACAACUAUGCUACCACACACAAGACCAAGAAAAAGGACGGGGGUAUUAAAAUCACCAAGCCAUCCUCCUUGUUGGAAAGAGCCACUCCAGGCUGGGCUCAGGGUAUCUUGUCUGCACACAAUGUUGCCCAGAGCAGUCUGUCCAGGAGCCAGGCUGAGGAAGAGUUGGAGAGAGCCCAGAAGGUGUUUGAGGAGAUUAACAUUGACUUGCAGGAGGAGUUACCUUCACUCUGGAACAGUCGUGUUGGGUUUUACGUCAGCACUUUCCAGAGUUUGGCCGGUUUUGAGGAGAAGUUUCACAAGGAAAUCAGCCGGUUGGAUCAAGAUUUGUAUGAUAUCUUGGAGAAGUUGGAGAGAUCAGACACGAGAAAGACAGGUAACAGCGGCGCCUCAUCGUCCGGAGCAAAUAGGAGUGGAAAAGAAGCAUCUAACCACACUCUCAGGCCAGGAGGACCUCCGCCAAUCCCCAAAUCUCCAUCCAAGUUAAGGCCAGCAGUGCCUCCUCCACCCAAGGUGACCCCAUCUAUAGAGAUGAAAACAGAGAACAUCAUCAACCUGUUUGAUGCGGCAGCCGCUCCCGAUAUCAGCGUCACCUCCCCUACAGAGCCUGCAAACUGGGACUCAUGGCCUGAGGACAGUGGUGCCCAGGAAGAGGACACCGAGGUGCACUAUGACCCUGUGGCUGCUGCUUCAGAUGCCUGGAGUGAUGACGGUUCACAGCCUGUCCGCUAUGACCCAAUAGCAGCUGCCACAGAGGGCUGGGGUGAUGACGGAACCAAACCAGUUCGUUAUGACCAUGUGGCUGCCGUUGAAGAGGGAGGGGGGGAUGAUGAGAACCAGCAGGUUCCUUACGAUCCUGUGGCUGAAGCCCAGGAGGGCUGGGGCGAUGACGGGGACCAGCCGGUCACAGAGGUGCCUGCCACAGAGGAUGAAACACCUGCUGCUGAGGAAGAAGCCACACUAGCUGCCGCUACGUUGGAUAAUGAAGAGGGUCAGGGCGAGUCUGCAGCAGCUGCUGCAGAAACAGUGGAGGAAGCAGCGGCAGAGGAGACACCUGCAGUAGCACCAGAACCAACAGAACAAGCGUCAGAGCCUGCAGAAAUGCCACCUGGCUUCCUGUUCAAGGUCCAAGUGAUGCAUGAUUAUGCUGCCAACGACACGGACGAACUGGAGAUGAAGGCUGGUGAUGUGGUGCUAGUAGUCACCUUUGACAACCCAGAGGAACAGGAUGACGGUUGGCUGAUGGGAUUGAAGGAGGACGACUGGCUGCAGAACAAAGAAAAUCCCACUAAAGGAGUAUUCCCUGAAAAUUUCACCCAAAGGCUGUGAAAGAGGAGGACAGGACGUCAUUCCAGCUUCCUUCUUUAUGUCUCUCUUCCUCUUGCCUCAAUCCUUAAUUUCCCCUCUACUCGCCCUGAUACUAUAUCUUUACUAGGACUUUGGCCAUAGAAGCAGAGCUGUCACAGCCCUGGUGGAAAUCCUGCAUUUCUAAGGUCUGCUACACUGUGCUAAAAGUGGAUCUUGGCAUUUCUGUGGAUUUCUGCCAAAGUUUGCAAAUUACAGAUGUAGCCAUUUCACAGGUCUCACUCUUUGCUGCACUAUUGUUGUUACUCCAUACCAGAGGAACUGAUUGGAGAAUUCACACAGGAUAGAUGGCGGCUGCCUCUGCCAUGGCUACCACUGCAAUUGCAUUAAAAUAUUUGAUUCUUAGUCAUGUCUCAUCAUACACCGUCACCACCAUGUCUAAUGAGACGUGCUUUUGUUCAUCUGACACUGAGAGAUUGAAAACAAAUGAAAAAUGAUUACGACAAUGCCAAGUGUAGCAGAGUAUCCCUUCCACACACAAGCCCUAAAAGCUGUUUUAUAAAGGACAGGGGUGUAAUUACUAAGUAGUCCUCACUAUGUUUAGAAACAUUCACCCAGCAGAGUAACACACUGAAACCAGUAGAACCAACUCCUAGCAGGCAACUUCACUCCAGUCAAAUGGCAAAAAAA